UCACACACCUGUGUCACCUGUCCCUGUCCCGACUUCAUCCAUUUGGUACUUGUUUUAGCGGGAGGAGGAGGAGGCGAUUCUGGAGUCGCUCCCUGUAUAUAAAUCACCUUGGCUUGUAUUUUAAAAUCUGACUUAAUUAUUAAGCAGGUGUUCCACAAAACCGUUGAAAUACUACAGACGCCAACAGAUCAUCAUGUGUUUCACUCCUCGCCAUUUUAGCUGGAUUUUGUUCAUGUUUUUACUCACGCUCCAAAGAGUGGCACCCGGCGGUGAAGCAGGAGUGUGGCCGAUGCCGCGCAAGAUGAGCGAGGGUUCGGAGCGCUACGCGUUACAUCCGCAGGGCUUCUCUUUCCGCUAUGGACGAGACUCGAGCGCACAGCUCGGCUGCUCCGUCUUGGAUGCUGCUUUCAGGAGAUACUUCGCAUUAUGCUUCCCUGAGAACACAGUGGAGACAGGUAAACAAUAUAGUAUGUGGUUUCGUUUCCCCUUUACCAUGGUGGUCCAUGUGCAGGAGAAAGGGUGCGAUGGAUACCCCUCUGCAGCCUCCAAUGAGAACUAUAGACUGAGUGUGUCUGCAGGCCAUGGAGAGUUGACAGCAAACACAGUGUGGGGAGCGCUCAGAGGUCUGGAGUCAUUCAGUCAGCUGAUUUACCAAGAUGAUUCAAACACUUACUACAUCAAUAAGACAGAGAUUGAAGAUUUUCCUCGCUUUCAAUACAGAGGGAUUCUGCUGGACACCUCCAGACACUUUUUACCAGUCAGGACUAUUUUGAAAACUCUGGAUGUCAUGGCCUACAACAAAUUCAAUGUGCUUCACUGGCAUGUCGUGGAUGACCCUUCUUUCCCAUACCAGAGCCAAAGUUUCCCUGACCUUAGCAACAAGGGGGCAUUCCAUCCCCAGUCACAUGUGUACACCCAGGCGGACAUACGCAAGAUGGUUUCUCAUGCCAGGUUACGUGGGAUCCGAAUCAUACCUGAGUUUGACUCACCGGGCCACACCCAGUCCUGGGGGAAAGGGCAGCCUGGCUUGCUAACUCCCUGCUACAAGGGUUUGCAUCCAUCUGGGACUUUCGGGCCAGUUAAUCCCACCCUUAGCACAAACUACAACUUCAUGGGUCGUCUGUUAAAGGAGGUCAGCACGCUUUUUCCUGAUCCCUAUAUACACCUCGGAGGGGAUGAGGUCGACUUCAGUUGUUGGAAAUCCAAUCCUGAUGUUAGAAUGUUCAUGAAGAAGAUGGGAUUUGGGACAGACUAUGGAAAACUUGGUUCGCUAUAUUUCAAAAACAUGAUGAAUAUCAUUGAAACACUGAAUAAGACGUCUGUGGUCUGGCAGGAUGUGUUUGACUACCAUAGCAGUCCAAAGUCCUUGGAUGUGGUGGAGGUAUGGAAAGCAGGGUGUUACAUGUGUGAAGUGCGCAGGGUGACUGCUGCAGGGGUGCGAGUUAUACUGGCAUCACCUUGGUACCUGGACCAGCCCGGACCUACACACGAGUGGUCUCGUUUCUACACUGUACGGCCCCUCGCAUUCACAGGGACAGAGCACCAGAAGAGGUUGUUGAUUGGAGGAGAGGUUUGCUUGUGGGGCGAAUACGUGGACGGCACCAACCUCGCCCCACUCCUAUGGCCAAGGGCAAGUGCUGCAGCAGAAAGACUAUGGAGUGAUGAAGCCCAGACUUCUAGCGUGUCACAGGCGUACCCCCGUUUGGCUGCCUUCCGCUGCAAGCUCUUAAGGCGUGGGGUCCAAGCUCAACCUCUCUUUGUGGGCCACUGUAAGCAUGAAUAUGAGGACUUGUGAUGGUAAGCUGCUGGGAGGCAGGCCACAAGUUAACUGGUGCAAAAUGUUCAUCGUGAAUUGCUAUUAAAUAUACAAGGUAUCCUACUAUUCAAAUAUUGGAGACACUAGUCUAGUCAUUAAGUCUUGAUUGUUUCCUUUUUACUUGAACAUCUACCAUGUAGUGGUACACUUGUACACCUUACAUCAUGUCAGGAAUGAGUAGCGGGGUCUUGGAAUGGGUAGAGCUGGUAAAGUACAUGUGUAAAGGAGUUUACCUCUGACACUUGGGUUCAAAAGCACAUGAAUUCAGUUUAUCUAAUAAUGAUAAUGGGACAGUUGAACAGUGGUUGUCUUGUAUUCUGAAGGUUCCCAGUUUAAGACCACCUCCUGCUGCAGAGACUCUUGAGCAAGAUAUUUAACCUGACUCGCUCCUGUACGAAUACCCUGAUAUGUAUACAGCUAUCAUCGUAAGUCAUCUUGGGCAUCAACUAAACAUAGGCUAUGCUGAUUCUCUUUUUCCAUGAAGUCUCGAAAAUCAGCAUAUGAACUACUAUACUUACAGUACAGUGCGGUCAGGAGACAUGCACUGUGGACCAUAUUUUAAAACAAUUUUCAUUAUUUAAAGGGUCCAUCCUAAAAUGGUUUUGGAACUGAAUUCGUACGCUACGCUCAUACUCCGAGAUAUGCCCGUCAGAGCUACGACAAUAAACCUUACGGGGAGUUUCAUUUAAUACCCCUACUUCAGCCUUUAUUUCUUUGCAUUUACAAG